GAUUCCCUCCCACUUUAAACUCUCCCAAAAAGAAAUCAUUUUUUUAAAAAAAUUAUCCACUAAUUUACUUCUCUUUGAUUGAUUGAUUAAUUAAUUAAUUAAUUAGGGUUUUCCGCUUCACAUUUCCCCCCUUUUGUUCCCUGUAAUACUUCAACAUCCCAAUUUUCAUCGAUGUACGGACAAUCCCAGCCCAUGAAUGUCCCCGCCCCGGUCACCAGCUCCGGCGUGGACGUACGUGACGAUGUUUCAGCCUCCGCAUCCGUCGAUAACCAUCAAAAUGUUAGUUACGACGCUCACCCUCUUAACAACGGCGUCGGAGUUGAGGGCGUCCACACCGAUCCCAUCUACGCCACUGCCGAAGCUGCUUCCGCCGCUGACUUGGCUAUCGUUCAGCGAGUUGACGACGCCAGCCAACUCACUCUUUCGUUUCGCGGCCAGGUCUAUGUUUUCGAUGCUAUUACUCCUAAUAAGUUCCAUGCGGUGUUAUUACUGUUGGGUGGAUGUGAACUGACUUCAGGUCCCCAUGGCGUUGAAAUGUCAUCCCAGAACCUAAGGAGUGGUGUAGACUUUCCGAGAUCUAAUCAACCGCAUAGGGCAGCUUCUUUAGAUAGGUUUCGUCAGAAGAGAAAAGAGCGAUGCUUUGAUAAGAAAGUCAGAUAUGGUGUUCGCCAGGAGGUUGCUCUUAGGAUGCAGCGUAAUAAAGGUCAAUUUACAUCUUCCAAGAAGUCUGAUAGAACUGACAGCUGCAGUACUCAGGAUAAUGAUAACCUACCAGAUAGUUCAUGUACUCACUGUGGCAUUAGCUCAAAUUCAACCCCAAUGAUGCGACGUGGUCCAUCUGGUCCAAGGUCUUUGUGCAAUGCUUGUGGACUUUUUUGGGCAAAUAAGGGUACUUUGAGGGAUCUUCCCAAGAAAACACGAGAUCAUUCCGUGCCUCCAGUCGAGCAUAGAGAUAGUGAAGCAAAUGAUUCAGAUUCUGGAACUGCUAUUCCUACUACACGAAGCAAUAUAGUUUCUUUCUCAAAUGGUGAUGGCUCUGUGCUAAUUGCCAAGCAUUAUUGUCCGUGCAAAUAUGGCCACUGUUUCAGCUAGAUCUCGAUUAUUAAGUUCCUUCAAAGUUGUGCUAUAUGUACAGAUAUCAUAGUUGCCUUAGUCUGUAUACUAGGUUUUCUCCUCCUAUUCCUUUGGUUAGAGUACUUUUGCAUGAGAUUACCUCUUCAAGAGAAAAAACCCAUUCCGGAUGUAUCACCCAAAGCUUCAGCUUUCUUAGCUACGAUUUAUAGGCUGUAUGCUCCAAUAUCAUAUCCCCUCCCAAAAACUACCUUAGAUGAACUAUCUAAGCCUCCUUUAUGUUCUAAUCUAAUGCAUAUUAGUUAAUGUAAAGGAUGAAUAAUCUUUUUUUCUUAUAAACAUUAAUUGGAGUUUGUAUUCCACUUCCCUGUUA